GUUCUACACCCACCAACUCUUAUUUUACUCAUUCAUUAACAUAAUACAGUAACUUAGAUCUGCAAUCAAGAAGAAGAAAAUGGAAGCUCUCCUCUCCCACUUCACUUUACUCUCUGAUCAAGCUUUGCAAGACAAAAACUUCGAUCCCUCAGCGAUCGAAGAUCUAAUGAAGCUAUUUGAGAUAGAAGCGUACAAGUCAUGGGCAGCGAUGGAACUUGAGCAAGAAAAAGAGGUUGAAGAAGCAGAAAUAGCUAUGAAUAAAGCUGAAGACUAUCUUGAUUCUGUGAUGGAAAGCGCCAUGGAUGAAUUUCGUCGAUUCGAAGAGGAAAUGGAAAGAAUGGCGAAGGCAGAACUAGAUAGCUUAGAACAAACAGCUGAUAAUGCAAGAAAGGUGGGGAAAUUGAUGGAAAAAGCUGCAACUAUCGCUUCUAAAAGGUAUAUUGAAGCUGCAGUUAAUUCUGCUACUGCUUCCAUGAAAUCUGCUUGGAAAGGAAUUUCCUCUAACAAGAUUCAUCCUUCUUAAUUAACAGAAAUUAAAAAAAAAAAA